GAGUCUUCGGUCACAAUUCACGUCAUGUAUUCCAACGCCAAACACGUCGCCCCUACGGCGGUCCUGAUCCUAAUCCUGUGCGUCUUGAGUACGGACCAAACUCUGUUUUCCCGGAAGAAGUCAAAUACACCAGUUUCACCUGUGGAUAAUGUUGCCCUACAAUCAAAGCCAGUUCCACAAAAAGAAACUUCACAUUGGUGGCAAAUGAAGUUCAAGCCGGCAGAAUCUAGUGAAAAUUCUGUAUCAAAUCAAGUAGCUAUACCUGUACCUGUACCAAUUCACCAAAAGUUGCAAUCUAUCUUUGAAACCCAUUUUAACUCUGACAUAAAAUGGGUACCAUGCUUGUGCCCAGUACGUAAGGGUGAAAAUGUACAACAGCAUCAUCAACAACAACAACAACAACAACAACAACAACAACAACAACAACAACAACAACAACAACAGCCACAAUCACAACAACACCAACAACAACUACAAAAAUCCGGGCCUUCGUAUUACCCUUCGAGCACGACCGAAGCACUAUCCGACCUCUCCAACAAUGACGUACCGCGUUUCAUCUUCUCAAACUAUCCAAUUGAAGCUUGAGAAAAUAUGUUUUCUCAUUGUAACUUGAUCAUUUAAUUUAUUUUAAUUGAAGCAUUAAAUUAUAUUUAUUUAUUCACAA